CAUCAAAUAAAGCCUCUGGCUGCAGGACUGUUAAGGCAGUCUGCGUGUGGUUUCUGCCACUUAAGGACAAGGAAAGCGAACAGUACCGAGUCCGAUCAUGGGUGUCAGGUCUGCACUGUGGAUCCUUCUCUCCAUCGCCAUCCAGGGGGUGGCUCUGCAGGAGUCCGACUAUGACUACGAAACAGAUGACUACAGCCCAGGACCUGUGAACUGCUCGACCACAGAGAGCAUCAAAGGCGGCCGUGUCACCUACUCACAGGGAGGCAUGGAGGGCAGCGUGAUGACCUAUCACUGUGAUCCAGGGAAAUUCCCAUUCCCGGUCAGCUCCAGAAUCUGUGGUGCUGAUGGGGACUGGUCACUAAUGAGACUACCCAGUGGCAGGCUUGUGUCCAGGCCCAGUUGCAAAGACAUGCUGUGCCCGGGUCAGCUGCAGCUGGACAAUGGGGACUUUUGGCCCAGGGACCAGUGGUUCCGAGUCGGCACGACGCAGAGCUUCUCCUGCCGGGACGGGUUCUCCUUUUACGGAUCAGCACAACGAAACUGCACGGAUUCUGGGGAGUGGACAGGAGCUACUCCAAUCUGUGACGAUCACGCCAAUGAUUGCAACGACCCCGGGGUCCCCCCUGGGGCCGAGAGGUCAGGAGACCGAUUCCAUACAGGAGCGAAAGUGGGUUACCGGUGUCAGGCUGGUAUGCAUCUGCUUGGCUCGGCUGAACGGGUUUGCCUGGAGCAGAGGGAGUGGAGUGGAUCGGCACCAAGGUGCCAAGCUCCUCACGCCUUUGACACGCCCAGCACCGUGGCAGCAGCGAUGGCAGAAUCCCUCGCUGGAGUCAUGGACGUUCUUUCUCCAGAUUCCAAAAAGAAAAAUGUUAGUCGAUCGUUUGGCCGAAGCUUUCUUGUGGCUGAAGUCAGCCGCAUGAACGUCUACAUCUUGCUGGACACAUCAGGAAGCAUCAGGAAGGAGGCCUUUGAGUUGGCCAGGAAUGCAACCAUUGCUCUGAUCACCAAGCUGGACAGCUACGAAGUCCAGCUGAACUACCACGUGUUGUCGUUUGCCAGCGAAGCCAAAGUCAUUGUCGACAUCAAAGAUACGGAAACAAGUGGCGAUCCCGAUGAGGUCAUAUGGGCUCUGAGGGAGUUUGACUACAGCAGCCACGGGCGUAAGACAGGCACCAACCUUUACUCUGCUCUGGCAAGUGUCCUGAACCAGAUCAGCUUCCUAAAUGAGAACCGACACAGGAACCAUUUUAACGAGACCCAGAACAUCAUCAUCAUGCAAACAGAUGGUUACUCCAACAAAGGGGAAAAGCCUGAGGCCGCUCUGGUCAGGAUCAGGAACUUACUGGGCUACAACACCACACUCCCCGAUCACACGCAUGAGAAAAUGCUGGACGUCUAUGUAUUUGGAGUUGGAGACCAAGUGAACAAAAACGAGUUGAACGCUCUGGCCUCAAAGAAAAGUGGUGAGAAUCAUUUCUUCGUUCUGAAAGACUAUCAGACUCUGGGGAAAGUGUUCAACAGCAUCAUCAGUGACAGCAGUGUGACGAUGUGUGGGAUAGCGCAGGAAGAGAUCACCAAAGAGCAGAAGGAAUAUGCCAGAGCCUACACCAUGCCUUGGCAUGUGACUCUGAUGCCAAUCAAUAAAAAGGCCAAAACAUUCCAUUGUUCGGGGUCCAUUCUAAGCCAGAACUGGGUGCUGACAGCGGCUCACUGCUUUGCCAGAGCGAGCACAGAUGGCGUCUCAGUGACGUUCAACAUAAAGUACGGGGAGGAGGAGGUGGGAAUCAAAGAGGUGAUCAUGCACCCCAAGUACAACACCCGGGCGCUGAGAGACAGGAACGUGUCUGAGUUUUAUGACUAUGAUGUGGCUCUGGUGGAGACCUCCCGCCAGAUCCCGCUGUCCUGGACGGCCAGACCUAUCUGCUUGCCAUGUACCGUGCCGGCCUCUCGAGCCCUGAAGAAAAUCAACUCCACCUGCGAGCAGCACAGAGACGAACUCCUUGCCCACUCGGUGACUCCCGCCUCCUUCAUCCACAAGGCAAAAGAGCGUAAACCCACUCAUAUCCAUCUGAAGACUCAGAGGCCUGCCUGUGUGGAAAAGGCCAGGCUAACGCUAACUGAGCCCACAAAUAUAACUUUGAAAGAAUACGUCCCUGACAGCUUCCUCUGCACUGGGGGCACUGACGGAUAUCAGGAUGCCAUCGGCUGCAAAGGUGACUCAGGCGGAUCCCUGGUUCUGCAGAAAAGGAAGCGCUUCUUUCAGGUGGGAGUGCUGAGCUGGGGCACCAUAAACGUGUGUGAGCCGCCCGUAAGCCACAGACACAGCAGCAGCAGGCCUCCCCCUGAGGCUCGAGACUUUCACAUCGACGUCUUCAAGAUAAUGCCGUGGCUGAAGCAGCACCUGGGCAACGUGAUCCAGUUUGUCCCUUAGAGCCGGGGAGCGGACGCAGGACCAGUGGGCGUAUACGCGGGCACAGCCCGAGACGUUCCGCUGAAUGGAUGAUGAAGUGUGGUCUGCAACACCAUCAAUGGAACAAAUCCACUUCAAUGGAAACACAAAUUUCCUUCAACAGUUUAAAAAAAAUAAAAGUGUAAACUUUAAA